AUGCCGCGAAAAAGGGUACAUCAUGAUAAAAAAAAUGACACAAGGGAAAACAUCUUCACCAAGGCCCAGCAGGAAGAGCAUCGAUAUAAAACAGAUGACACAAAAAAAUAUAUUCAAAAUACCGCAGGAAAGGAGCAUCAUCCGAAUGUCGCGGAAAACAU